AAAACACAUACAUGAAACCUGUUUUGUAAUAUAAUUAUACAAACAAAAAAUAAAGAAUAUUCAAAAAAAUAAUGAAUAAAAAACGAUAAAUCCAUUCCAGCCUAAGCCUGAAGAGAAAACAUGUUGCCUAGCGACCAGUGGAAGAGUAGCGUCUGCUAGCUAACUAGGUAAUGUGCUAACACAUGAAAUAUGCUCCAUAAAACUCCGUACAAAUGCCACCGAGAAGAAAAGGACCUUUGCAGCUCGUCCAGAGAGAAGUGGACGAAAUCAAAAAACAGGUUGACAGUCUUGUGAAGGACGUGGAGAGUGGGAAUGGAUACACUGAAGAAGCAUUUCGGAGAUGUCAAGAACUGCAAAUGUCAGCAGAGAAGACACAAAGAACACUGAUGAAACUGACCAAGGCGGAUGAGCUGGCUCCAGUGGGGAACUAUGAUCAGAGGAAACAGGAAGAGGAGAGGCGGCUGCAGGACAUCUUGGAGCGUGUAACCACACUGUCUCUGGAGCUCUCACCUGCAGGACCCAGUACUGCUGCAGGGGAUUCCUCAAAGGAAGAUAGCGAUGAUGAUGAUGAUAAGGACGAAGAUGAUGAUGAAGACAGUAGCGACGAGGAUACUGAUGACGAUGAUGAAGUUGAGAAUCAAGCUGUGAAAACUCCCUCUCAAAUGUACACAGCCCUCAGUGAUUUCAAAGGAGAACAGGAGGGUGAUCUGUCUGUGCAGAGGGGGGAGAUAUUGAAGAUCAUCAGGAAGACAGCAGAUGGAUGGUGGCUGGCUCAGGACACUAAAGGCAACACAGGGCUGGUUCCAAAAACCUACCUGAAGAUUGGCUCUGGUGUUGACGACGAUGAUGAAAAGGACGAUGAUGAUGAGGAGGAAUCUGAGGAGGAGGAAGACGGUGAAGAGCUGGCUGAUGAUCAAGAGAAACCGAGUACUCAUUCCAACUGGAGUACAGUCAAAAAGGCUUUGAGUGGGCUCGAUGCAACAGAUGUGCUCUCAGCAUUGGGGGCUAUACCUGCCGGAUUCGGAACAUCACAUCUCACUAAACUGCUGGAGGAGGAAGGUCAAACAUACAGAGGAAGUCACUACGUCCAGCCGGAGCUCAGCCAAUCACAGCUCUCCUUUAGUGACCUCUUCCUGGAUCCAGACACUGGCAGGGUUCGUGCUCGGCAGGUCCAGACUUGCCUUUGUUUCAGUCUGUGGAGCUGCAAGAUGAUUCCAACUCCUGGGGUCGGAGUUCAAGUCCUCAGCAGACACAUCCGCCUCUGUGCCUUUGAUAAAACUCAAGUGUUGAGUAACAUCCACACUGUGAGGGCAACGUACAACUCCAAGAGCCCCAAGACCUGGAGCUUCUCUCCAAGGAUGACUGGUAUCCUACCUUCCCUCCUCGAUGGGGACUGCUUUCUACGCUGCAACUCGGCACAUCCUAACCUCGGAAUCCUCUUUGAACUUGGAGUCACCUUUAUACGCAAUUCCACAGGUGACAGAGGGGACCUGAGCUGCGGCUGGGCUUAUUUAAAACUGACCGACGACAGUGGAAAUCCACUCCCCAACAGGACCUAUGAGCUGACUCUGAAUAGUGGCUCUCCAUUUGAGGCGGAGGUCCCGAUGGAGAUUGCAGCCACCAGAGGAUCUCCAGCUAGUGUUUUCCAGCAGAUGCUUCAGGCACGGCGGCAGCCCAAACUCAUCAUAAAGUUGAAAUCAGCCAACAGCCGAACCAGAACACAGCUCAGUAUCCUUCCAGACACUCUGCUGCACUCUCUGAGCUGCGUGCACCUGCUGGCUCUGCACAGGCAGCUGCUGGCAGACACUCUCCUGAUGGACAGGUCUACCAUGCAGAACGCAGAUCUGAUAUGCAGUCCUAUACUCUCUACCUUCCCCGUGCUGUUCGACCAACCAGACCUGCUGGAUGCUCUCAGGAGUGUUUGGCUGGAGGCUGAGACCAGCAUGAGCAGAGCGCAGAAGAGAGACUUGCCCCAUUUAAAACAGGAGUUUGUCAAAGUCUACAUGUCCUCCGUGUAUUUCCUGCUCCACUCGCCCUCGCUGCCCCCCCCAUCGCUGGCGGACCCCCCCUCAGAGGAGCAGCGGGCCAGAGUCCUCUUCUCCACCCUGGACGCUCUCAAACAGAGCCAGCACACCAGCGGCACAUCUGGAGGUCUAGAGGUGUUCGUCGACCCCAAGCAUCAGCACCACGCCUUUGAUAUCACAGAGUUGACCUUUGACCUCCUCAAUAUGGCACGGUGACAUCAAGUAUCUUAGAGGAUUUAUUAUUUCAGAGUAUAAUAGGAGGAAACCCCUUUAAUGUGCCAUACAUACAUUUGUGUUGUACUAGAUAUUUUAUAUUUCUGCUGCUGUCAAUAAAUAGUGCGUUCAGUUGAGACAAUUUCAGAUGUGCAUUAAUACACAUUUGGUGCUCCAGUUUGACAGUCUAUUUGGGAUCUAAAAUGUUCACCCAGUGCAUUUAUGUGUUUUUAAUGCAGCUCUAUGGCUCAGAGUCAUAUAUUGUAUCACAUUUGGAUACACAAACUGUUAAGAAGAAUCCACUGUUAGUUUUGGUCUCUCGUUGGGAUUUAUAAAUUAAGUCUCAGUUUUGAGGAAUGCUAGCACAGAGCGAACAUAUAACAUACAGUCCAUAUUCCUGUAUACUUAGUGUGGGAUUUCAUGACUUUAUUGCAGAUAAUGAGCUUGUAUAUUGCCUGGAACCUUGUGAAAUAAAAGUGAAUGUGUACAAUGUGGACAUGAUCACCAAAGACCCCUCUUUUAUAAUAGAGUUCACUCCGCUCCUCUUAAAGUAAACACUAGAACGUGUUACAGAAAAAAGGGAAAGUUUGUGAUGAGAUUAAAACACAUUUCUUUAAUAACAGAACUAAUAAUGACGUUUAUUUGCAUGGCUUUGAUAAAGCUAUUUAUUGCCAGAUUUGGAUUCUAUUUUGCAAUAAACAUCUGAAUAAAAAACAGUUUUCAACUUGA